AUGGAGAAAGAGGAGACAUUUGUGGUGGAUGAAGAGCAGAGUCCACAAAGCAACCAGACGUGGCCUAUGGAUAUGAUCAAACACAGACGUUUCCAACACAAAAUGUCAUCUCUUUUGAGUCCAGUGACUCCCAAGAGAAACUAUAGCGUUAUUAGCAACAAUGCCAAGUCACUCCUCAAGAAGUACUCAAAGUCUGAUCCAAUCUCUCGUAAGCAGCGGUUUCCGGUUUCAUGCUCUGAUGAUGGGAUCUUGAUGGAUGGUGUACUUGUCACGUCAGCUUCUGAGAAGAAAGUUUUGGAUUCAGCUUCUAGAUUGAGUUCUCUUGGACGAUCUCCACGGUCUUCACUGGUACGGAGUCAGCAUAAGAAUAGCAGCUCUAUGAGCCUAUCAGGAGGAAACCAGGAGGAUACCACUAGGUCCCAGGCUUCUUCAGGUGAGAAGGUGAAGAUGUUGGGAGAUAGUCCUUGUACUAAACUAGAGACACCAAAGGCUGCUACUCCUUCAAAUCUAAACGCUGCUGCUGAACCAUUCACUCUCACACCAAAACCUUCACAAGGACUAGCUUCUCCCCUCCCAGUCAACCAACUCCCAUUUGACCAUGGUCCACGCAUUCAAUGGGUUAAUCCGCCUCCUCACCAGCAGCUGCGUCCGAGCUAUAAUAGUCAUUUGUACCUGCCUCCAAGCUACACUUACCCGAGAUCACUACAAGUUCCUGACCUCAAUCACCCACCCAGGUUUCCAAGACCCACUGGCUACCUAAUGCGCCAUGACUUCAUCUCACUACUUCCCACAACACCUCUCUCUACAAAGCCACCUCUUCACACUCCCAUAUCUACUAUCCCCACAGCCAAUCUCAGCACCAGUAAUACCACCCAUGACUCAACACUAGACUCUUCACUCUCUGUUGAUGUAGUGCUCAAAACAGUGACCCAAAAACAAGACUUGUCUUCACCACCUUCUGAUGAGCUCAAAACAUCAACGCACAAACCAGACAUUUCACCCUCUGCUGAACUUAGACUUGAAACUGUGACGACAGAGAAAGACUGGUCACCUUAUGAUGAUGGACUCUCAAGAUUCACACAAGAGCAAACUGAUUCUAUGAAGUCACAGGACAGAGUUCUCCCAGAUGGCGCUUUCCAGCAUUACAUAUACAGAAAGAGACUUCCGGUAUUCACUCAGAUAUGCUUGGAUGCCACCACCCAUUAG